CCGGCAGACUGCGGGCGGGCCGGGCCCGCGGCGGCGCUGACGGACGAGGUGAGCCCGCCCCGCCCCGGCCCGGCCCCCUCCCGCCAUCCCCGGGGAAUGGACGGAUGGGUGCGAGACUAGGUAAUUCUAGAAGCUAUGGAUAUACUCUUCAGGAUCAGAGGAGGCUUGGAUCUUGCAUUUCAGCUUGCAACGACUGACGAGGCAUCAACAAAAAAGGCAUUAGGAUAUGUUUUCAGUGAUCUUGAAAACAAGCUGUCCUCCGAGGUUCUUGUAUUCAGAAUUUGCCACAGUUCAGUCUAUGUGUGGCCUAACAAUGGUAUGAGCACAGUUCCAGAGCUGACUGACGAGUCUGCAUGUAAGGAGAUAAAAAAAUUUAUACAAUUUGAUCAAGAUGAUGAGACCAAACGAAAGCUUGGCAAAAAAAAGGAUAAAAAGUUACAGGAUACGCAGCAGAUAAUCAAUGUAGACCUCAUGUUGGAAAUGACAUCUUCAUUAGCUGCUCUGGCUCCAGUCAUUGAAAGGGAAAAGAAGGAGCACCACUACAUAAACAUGACAUUACCAGUUGAUGUUGUUGUAUCUGUUUCUCCAGAAGAGCCAUGGGGAAAGGUACAGAAUCUCCUAGUGAAAGCAAUUCAUGGGCAAUUAACUGACAUGGAAAGAUGUAUCAUGAAAUAUGUGAAAGGAACAUCAAUUGUGGUACCAGAACAAUUUCAUUUCAUGUUACCAGGAAAAAAUCACCUCGUGACAGUCUCAUAUCCUACGGGUAUUUCAGAUGAUCAGCUGGAAAGUUACAGAAAGGAAUUGCAUGGGUUAUACAAUCUGCCUUGUGACAGACCAUAUUUCAAGAGAGCAAAUGCUUAUCAUUUUCCAGAUGAACCAUAUAAAGAUGGAUAUCUCAGAAAUCCACAUUUACAUCUUAGUUCACCUGGCAUGGAGUCUGGUAUGGUGUGUUUAGUGCAAGGUGUGUACAGUUACCACCACUACAUGCAGGACCGCAUCGAUGACAGUGGCUGGGGCUGUGCCUAUCGCUCUCUGCAGACAAUCUGCUCUUGGUUCAAGCACCAAGGCUACAUGGACAGACCUAUACCAACACACAAGGAAAUUCAGCAGGCACUGGUUGAUGCUGGAGACAAGCCUGCAGCGUUUGUUGGCUCACGGCAAUGGAUUGGUUCGAUUGAGGUGCAGCUUGUUUUGAAUCAGCUUUUUGGAAUAACAUCCAAAAUAUUGUUUGUCAGCCAGGGUUCUGAACUAGCAUUGCAGGGAAGAGAGCUUGCUAAUCAUUUCAAGACUGAGGGAACUCCAAUUAUGAUUGGUGGAGGUGUUUUGGCUCACACGAUAUUAGGAGUGGCUUGGAAUGAGACUACAGGGCACAUUAAAUACUUGAUUCUAGACCCACAUUAUACCGGAGGAGAAGAUCUGCAUGUUAUAUUGGAAAAGGGCUGGUGUGGCUGGAAGGGCCCGGAGUUUUGGAACAAGGACGCCUAUUAUAACCUGUGCCUACCUCAACGACCCAAGGCUAUUUAAAUUCACUCUCAUGCUGAAUAUGCUGAGACAGAACAGUAGCUAAACUAGAUAAAACUCUCCUGUUAUUUAUCAAAAUAAUGCUUUAAGUCAAUCAAAACCCAUUUGAAAUAGAAAUGUUGGUUGAAUGACUUAAAUUAAGAAACUAUUUUUUUAAAAUGAAACCUCUAGAAAUAAGAGUUACCUGCUUUGAACUGUAUUCCUUAUAAAUGCAUCUAUUAGGCAACAAAUACUCUGUACUUUUCCAUAGCACAACUUCAGGUUUAUAUAGUAUUUCCUCUUCUGCUAGAAUCUUUGUAGAUUAAAUGCCAAAUCCACUUGUUUUAGGGAAUUGUUUCAUGACAAAAAGAUAAAGUGUCCUCUGCCUUUCAAGUUCCACUUAGCCAGCUGUCUUGUCCAUUAUGAAUCUGUUCAAAGGCUUUGUUUGUUGUUGGGAUUCUUGAUGAGGCAUUUUAGGAGUGGGAAAAGAAUGGCCAAAUUUACUGAAUUUUAUUAAUUUUUCUGUCAUAUUUACACAGAAAGAGAAUUAAUUUUUCUAUGCUCAUUUAUUUAUGACUGAAUGAAUACAAGUAUUCCAGGAAAAAAAAAAAACUCAAAAAUGCUUCUGUAAGAAGUAACAAUAAACAAGCUUUCCUCCUUCUCAGAAGGAGACAAUGUCCCAGCACACACAUCUCACUGCUCGGUGUAUCAUCCAGUCACGGUUCUUCAUAUUCCCCUUAUUUCAUGUUGGAAUUACAAGCUGUUUCUUCUGGCAGCUAGGAGACAAGAUCUGUCAUAGGGAUAAAAUAAGUCUGUAGCUACUUCAUCAGUACAUCAGUAAGAGUACCAAUGAUUUUUUUUUUUUUUUCUGUGUUGAAGUAGCCUCUUAAGUGGCAUUCCACAUAUACUGUCCAUUUCCAAGAAUACCCUAAGUACCUAUGCAAGUUCAUCCUUACUAGGAGGCUCCUAAAUCUAACUGCUCUAACACGUUUGUUUUACUUAGAUGCUAAAAACAUUUUAAAAUAUUCAGAUUUGUAUUAAACCAACAUUGUUACACACCAUCUGAUCUUCUCCUCUUCCUGUUUAUGGAUCUGCUGGUUUCACUUUCUUGUUUCUGUGCAGUUGGAUCCUCUCUCUGCAAGCCAUGUCUGUCACUUAGCGAGUAUCCAGACUGUCCUCUCAGUUUCAUUGUCUGAGUGUGCUGAAUUGUCCUGAGGAACUUGGCACAUUCCAGAAAGCCAUAAUCCAGUGCAAGGUCUGCUGCUGUCUGUCCACUGUUGUUGCACAAGCUGAAAUCCAGAAUUAACAAUAACCAAUUAAACUGGAAUAAUGAGCAA